AUAUAAGGACAAUCCUAUCGUUCUGUUUCGACCCAUCUUCAAACCAAAACAAAUUCAAAAUAAAUGUGUGUUCGGUAUCGUAUUUUGUACUAUAUUUUGAAGCAAAUGUAUCUAAGUAGCCUCCUGUAAGAUGGAAAUUUCCAAAGAGAACAGGGAGCCAAAAUUUGUUGAUGUCGCCCGAGACGUUUUGCUAUUAAAUACAUUGGUUUCGCAACAUGCGGAAAGUUCCAAGCCUCCUGAUAUCACCGAUUUUACUGUCAUCAAACCAAUCAGCAGAGGAGCUUUUGGGAAAGUGUACCUGGGCUGCAAAAAAACCAAUCCCGAUCAACUGUAUGCUAUAAAAGCUAUGAAGAAGUCUGAAAUGGUUCACAAAAAUAUGGCUAGUCAAGUUGUAACUGAGAGAAAUGCAUUAGCAUUGACCAAAAGUCCCUUUUGUGUUCAACUCUUCUAUUCACUCCAAACAACAUCUAAUAUUUAUUUAGUAAUGGAGUACAUGGUUGGUGGAGAUUUAAAAUCUCUUCUCAGUAUGUACGGCUACUUUGAGGAAGCCAUGGCAGUAUUUUACAUAUCGGAAGUUGUUCUAGCCUUACAAUACCUUCACAGUCAUGGAAUCAUUCACCGUGAUUUAAAACCAGACAAUUUACUUUUGUCAAGCCGAGGGCAUGUGAAGCUGACUGAUUUUGGGCUCAGCCGUAUAGAUGUAAAUAGAGAUUUGGAAGCAUCUGAUUUGACCAAAGGAACCCCUAAUGCUUUAUUACGCACCCCUGGUCAAAUACUCUCAUUAACAUCUCACCUUUGUUUUGGCUCUGAAAAUGGUUCUAUAUUUAGUGGAAAUUCUAGCAGAGCUUCAGUUGUCUCUAAUGAACCAUCAGAAGUAUUCAGUCCAAACGGCGAGAUAGAAGAGGUUGACACUACCACAACAACGGCUUAUCAUGGCAGAUCUGGUGUUAAAGUAACACUUGGAUUUGAAUAUGAAGGUCAGGACUCCCUUUGUGAAGCAAAACCUCACAAGCUAUUACCUCUGGAAUCAAAUAUUACUGGAUCACCCACAAUGGAUCAUACAGGUGCUACAGUUGUGAACAAAACUGAAAACGACAGUCAUAUAUCAGGAGUUGCUGCUUUUCACUCAGCUGACCAUAGUUUUCAUUUGAAAUCUGUGUCAUCCAAGAGAGGCAUUCUAGGAACACUGAAUGAAAGUGACGACAAUGAUGUUGCUGAUCUGAGUGGGAAUGGUAGCUUCCUUGGAAAUAGUUGCAAUGGAAGUGGAGCACGCAAACGUGUUAGAGAUGAAACUGAUUCUGAGGAAGAGAUUUCCUCCAGUUUGUCGUAUCAUACAUGCUACAGCAGCGUUGAUUCAUCAAGUAACAACCACAGCAGUGGUUUAAACUCAAGAUGUGGAAUAUGCCAUUCCAGAGAUUCGUCUGCGGAGGCAAGUCAUUUGUCUCGCUCAUCUCAUGUCACAUCUCCUAAAACAAGAUCACCCCAGGUCUUGCUGCAGAGAGCAUGCUGCCUCCUUAGUAGAAGAAAAAAGAAACGAUUACCUGGCGUUUCAGGCGAUGAUGGUCGAUUAUACUCUCUCUCAGAUCCAGCUCACACAGGUUUAACCCAAGAAAUAACAUCCCUCCAGAUAUUGUCUGACUUACAUCAAUCGAAGAAUCACAGUUCACCAACUAAGGACAGUGAAUUAACUUCUCCAAGGGAAGAAAUUCACAAAAUUGAUAUUCCAACUGCCACAAAAAAGAAUACUGUUAGUCCUCUUAAAGGAGUUCUUAAAGUCAGGUCUUUGUCAGAUGAGGAUCUCAGGUGGGCUGGCAUUGCUGAUAAAACUGGGGCUGGUGUAAUGUUUUCAACCCCUGUGGCCAUGCGCAAACCACUCUGUAAUUCUGAUUCCUCAAAACCAUCAAAGGUCACCCGUUUUGAACUACCACCUCUUCCAGAAAAGAAGACAACAUUUGCAGCUGAUUCUCAUUCCAAUGGACACAUUAUUAUGGAGGAACCUAUCCUCAGCCCAAUUGCAACAACUCCUUUUACCACACCCUUCUCAUCUCAGCAAACGCCAUUUCGCACUCCAAAGUCCGUUCGACGAGGAAAAUCUGCAAGUGAUCAGCGCAUUCUUGGCACUCCUGAUUACCUUGCUCCUGAACUUCUUUUGCGAAAAAGUCAUGGUUCUGGUGUAGAUUGGUGGGCUUUAGGAGUGUGCCUUUAUGAAUUCAUGACUGGAAUUCCACCCUUUAAUGAUGAAACACCUCAAGCAGUCUUUCAAAACAUUUUAAAUAGAGAUAUUCCGUGGCCUGAGGGAGAUGAACUAUUAUCACCUGAAGCAGUAUCUGCAAUUGAAGCCAUUCUGACACUCGACCCCUUCAAAAGGCCUAAUGGUGCUGAUGUUCGUAAAAUGUCUCUCUUCAGGGAAAUUAACUGGGAAAAUUUACUGAACACCGAAGCCCCCUUUAUUCCCCAACCAGAUAGCAGCACAGAUACAUGUUAUUUUCAAGCAAGGAAUAUUCUUCAACACCUUAACGUUUCCAAUUUUGAAUGAUAAUAAUUGUAAAAGAAUUUGUUAUCAACUUCUUGUAUCAAGUUAGUCAUGAUGUUUUAUCUAUGAAAUUGCGUGAAACGUCAAGGCCUGCUACUUAAUUGAGUUCAUGUUUUCUUAUCAAUUUCUAUUAAGUUACCUAAGUGAUAGGUACCCACAACAAAACAGAAACCUAUUCUUUAACAAAGUGUUGUUGACAGUUGAUUUCAUCCGUAAUCAUUCUCAUUUUAGUUGCCAUUGCUGUAAUUAUCUAUUAGUAAUGGGCUGGAUUCAAACUAAAUUUUGGCCCAGCAAGGCACUCUGAACCAUGUACUUCAAUAUUUAUUUAAACUUCUUUAACCAAGUUUUCAAAGUGACACUUUUAUACAUCCGCUUGUUUUAAAUUUUAACCUUGAUUGUUCUUGAAAUGUGUGUUUGGUUUGUAAUUAAUUUGAACAAAAUAAUUUUCAUUGUUCAAAGGGAACUUCUGUUCUAUUUUUUAUGUUAAAUUAUUGUCAUGACAACAUUGUGGGGUAUCUUAUUUAUUCAGUAGUUACGAACGUAGUAUUUUUUAAAUCUGCAUCAGCAGUAUUUUUUACGUGAUAGCUGGUACGUAAACACUAAAUCAGCAUGAAACUAAAUAAUUUUCAAAUAAUCUCAACAGAGAAAACCAAAGAGACUGGGUUUUUUCCUGUGUUUUACUUGCAAGAAUUAACUCAAAGUGACAGUAAUGAGAUAAAAGAUUUGAAAAUUUAGAUAUUUCUUUCUGUUUGUUCUUUUGGAAUUAGAAUCCCAUCAAGUCUUCUGCUAAAUUGCAAGACAUCAUUAAGUAUUCUGUCUUGUUACUUGUUUUAGAUGGUUGAUGUUCUCAUGUUAUUAGUAAAGUAUCCUUGGUCAACAAACUAUAUUUUUUGUAAGUGGUGUUCAAUGAUCAAUAUUUGUCAAUCAUCAUACUUUUAUUUGUUUAUAUUUUUACAAUAAAUAAGCAUAGACAGCAAUAGCAGUCAUAUAGCAACCCA